AUGCCAGGCGAACGACGGCCUCACCGUUGGGCCGGUGGGAGUAGCGCUGGCAGCAGUACACCACCUUCGUCUAGUAGACGCACCAAUUCCGCCGCCUCGUCGCCAGGUAGCAGGAAGCAGCAGCAGCAGGGGCAGCAGCAGCAACGCUGGGGGUCCAGCCUGUCGACUCAACGGAGAGAGAGGACCGUGGUGUGGGCCUCUUGCCUGCGAAAGGUGCAGGCUCUGCGGCAAGGAGGAUCCUGGCAGCGUGCCGAGAGCGGCGGUACUCCCGCUGGCGCUGGUGCUGGUGCUGCGGCCGUUAGCCCCUCUGAUGAUGGCAUCCUCGCACAUGGCGGCCGUGCCAGCGGAGACCGGGCGGGCGCAGGCACGGCAGCUUUUCCGGCGCGGCCCGAACAACUAGACGGCGCUGAGCUGAAUGAGCAGCUGGGUAUUCUCGCCCGGCUGACCUAUCCCAACUCAUCCAUUAGCCCGCAAGACGCGGGGUUCAUGCUAUCGGCGCUGUGCGAGGCGGUCCCCCGGAGCUCGAGAGGGCUCUCCGCGAGGGUGGCUCAGCUCUUCGAGUUGCUCUGUGCCAAGCAGCAGAGGGUGUCCUUCUUGGCCUGGCAGCUGAACAUCGUGCUGGACCUGUUCGUGGCCUCCUUGCCGAGCGCGGCCGCCGAGGUGCAGGUAGCACCGCCGCCGCCACCGCCGGCACCCGCGGAGGAAGACUCGCCGCCUCCGCCGCGGCCGCCGCGGCCGCUGUCGGGCCAACGCGACUGCACUCGAGCCCUGGCGCAGCUCCUCUACGAGAACGGCGAGCGCCUCGGCACGCGGUUCGACGAUGUCGUGCCGCCGCUUCUCCGACUGGCGGACCCUUCGGCGAUCGACCUAGACACCAGGCACGCCGCGCUGGAUGCGCUCGCCAACCUCUGCCUCAAGAACUGGGCGGGCUUCGCGGAGCAGCAGCGGCAGGCGAUUUGCUCCUGCCUCACCCGGAACUUCGUCGCGCACUGGGCGCGGGUCAGGCUCCAGGCCCUGGCCCUGCUGGAGUCCAUGGCCGCGAAGGACGCCAAGAGCAUGUACCCGCACUGGGCGCUGUUCUUCGCGCCGUACGUGCCGGGUGCCGUAAGCGGCGGCGGGGCCUGCGGCGGCGACGCGGCAGCAGCAACGCCGGGAGAAGUAUCGGAAGGCGGCGGAGGGAGCACGAGACCGGUGGUGCUUCCGGCCGGGCUGGUGUCGAUCAUGGAGAGUGACCAUGCCCCGCAGGUCUCGCCGCUCCGGAAGUGGAUGAUGCUGGCGGCGGCAACGCGCGGUGGGGGUGGCGGGGGCGGCGGGAUCGGGGAGCGCGUGGAGUCUAUGAUGCUGCGCCUUCACCGGAGCCUUGUGCUCUGCCUUGCGCAAGAAAAGUCGCCUGCCGUGGUCGCCAAGCUGUGUUCAUGCACCGGUGCACUGAUCGCAGAGAUGCCGUACGCGACCUCCCAAGCCGCGUCGGGGGCUCCGCCGCAUCCGCCGCCGCGGGGAGGGGGUAGCAGCAGCGGUGCUAGGCGCGGUUCUCGCCGCGGUGGCGGCGGCGGGAACUCGGGCGGGGGAGGCGGUGUGGAAGAGUCGUUAGGAGACCUGCUGCGAGAGCUCGCGAGGCUGAUGGUGGACGUAGCUGCGGAACCCAGCGCUAGAAUUGCCGCGUCGCAAGCCCUGACGGCUGUCUUCUCCACAAAGGAGCCGAUUGCCGCCAUCGACUCCUUCCUGCUCAGCUUCCGAUGCUCGGCCGCCGGCGGCUUGCCUUCCUCCUGUAGAGGCAGCUGGGGCGGAUCGAGGGCAACGCCGCCCCCGUCAUCGCCGGCUUCUGCCGCCCGUCGCGGCAACGGCGCUAACGCGGUGGCGGGGUCGGGGGCCUGGUCCCCGCUUCCUCUUCGGCCGGGCAGCGCCGACGACCGGGGGAACAGGUUCGUCGGCGGUGUCGCUCGUAACGGCGGUGUCAAGCAGCAGCAGCAGCAGCAGGAGCAGCAGGACAAGCAGCCGUCGCCGCCCGGGGAACGGGCAAGUGGUGGAGGCGGAGGCGGUGAUAGCAGCAACAGCAGUUGGAGCAACGGUGGCGGGGGUACCGGAGGAGCCUACGUAGGAGGACGCGCAGGAGGAGGGCUACGCGCUUCCGACCGGGAGGGCGUGAGGGCGUCGGACCAGAUGCCCCCUCCGCUUCCUCGAGAGGCAACGGUCGACGACGACACAGCGCCAGCAGCGGCGGCGGCGACAGCGGCUGCGGCAGCAGGCCUGGCGUCAGCGUCGGAAGGAGCCAACGGCCGUGGAGAUGGUGUCGAUGGUGGCGGCAGUGACUCCUUCGUAGAUCGCCUGAUAGCGUUGGCCGGCGCGCCUGGCCAGCUGCGGGCGGAAGCGCUCGGCUUGCUCACCCGCAUCGGGCGGUCUUACCCCGCUCACCUCUCCGGCGGCUGCACCGCGAGAGGCACGGUCGCGGAGAAGACGACGGCGACGACCUGGGAGAGAGUCUCGGCGCUCCUGCUCCGUUGCUUCGCGGACCCGGACCAGAACUUGCGUCUCCACGCCCUCAAGGUCCUCGAGGCGCUGCUGCUCGCGCGGGCGGAGCAGGCGGCGGCGGCGGCAGAGGCCUUGCCGGUGGCAGGGGAAAAGUCUUCCGGGACCGCUGGUGGUGCUGCCCCUGCCGCUGAAAGCGUGUCUCCGAAACAGAAGCCUCGCUCGGAGACGGCAGCCGCUGCCGGCGGGUUAUCGGCGGAGGGAGUAGCUGCUACUGGUGGCGGCGGUGGUGGCAGCGGCGGCAAGGUGUGGAGGGAUCUUGUUCAGAAGCACCUGCAGCGGGCGUUGGAGGACCCCUACCACGGCGUCCGGGCGGUGGCGUGCUCGUGCCACGCGAGCCUGCUCAAGUCGGACUGGGAGGCCUUCUCUGACCGGGAGAGGGAGCGGUGCCUGGGUAGGGUGCUUGCCGCGACGAGGGACAGGGCAGCCGGUGUGAACAUCCUGGCCUGCAGGGUGGUGGCCGGCGUGAUGACCAUGGCAGGCCAGGAGGGUGCGGCGGCAUGGUGCCGGGACCCCGAGUUCCUACACCGCUGCGCCGCCAGGCUGCAAGAAAUGAUGGAGGAUACCAAGCCGCCACCGCCGCCGCCGCCGCCAGAGGGGACGCGGGACUGUCAGGUCUCCCCCGCGGCUGGCACCGGCGCCGGCACCGGCGACCUUAUCCCGCGGCCGCGGCUUCGCUCUCUCUGUGACGGCGCCCUCCGUCUAACGGCCACGGAGCCCGACCACGCCGCGGGCAGCGCCGUUCGCGCCCUGGGCUACCUGGCGUGGGGGCUAGACCCCGACAAUUUUGGCGGCGGCGGCGAUGGUUGGGGUGGGAAAGACGGCGUCGUAAAGGCGAGGGAAAGAGACAACGAGAGCGCGGUGCCUUUGUUACCGGUCGGAGGAGACGAGGAUGAUGCCGUUGCGAGUGGUCGGACGGUGGAGGCGGCGGCGGCGGCGGCCGUCGGAAGACCGGUACAAGAGCGGGGCGGGGAAGGCUUCGGCGAGAGUGGCGAGGAGGACGGAGGAGACAGGGACCUGCAGGACAAGGCCAUAUUGGCCUUGUCUACACGGCUGGCGCCGGACAAGGGGGACCGGGAGCUGGGAAAUUACGGGGCGGGGGGUGGUGGCGGAAGCGGCGGCGGGGACCGGCGGGCGGAAAUCGCGGGCGCAAAGUGCAGGUCAGAACCGCUGCUGGUGGAACUGCUGCAUCGCCCUUGGGAUUGUCCUGUCCGCGAGGGGGGUGCGAGCGAGGGCCGCGAGGGCCCAGUGGGCGCCCGUGCUCAUGCGGUCCUUAGGGAGGCGAGGGCCGUUUUGGACGACAAUCAUCUCAAGGUACGGACCCACGCCGCCCACGCGCUCAAGGCUGUCCUCGACGCCCGCGCGUACGGCGACCAGCUGCCGUCAAUACUGGGCGGCUGUCUCCGGGGUCUUGCUGCCUGCAAGAGCCGCUCCGUUGUGGCGGACCCCACGCAGAUGAGGUACGCCGGCGACCUAGAGGUCGCCCUCCGCUCCCUGGUGCUGCACAUCCUGAUAGCGCUGGUGGCGCUGGGCGACGAUGCCUCCUCCUCUGCGUCGGCGGGCAAGCCCGGUGGUGCCGCCGAUUGCGGCGGCGGCGGCGGCGGUCCCUCGGCGGCGCUGCUCGGAGAGUACGCGGACGAACUGCUUGAGGUACUGUCUUCUCCGGAGUCGGACGCGGCUCUCAGCCCCUCGGAGCUUUCCCCCUACUACCGACCUCGCCCCCGCCGCCGCCGCCUGCCGAUCGAGGAUUUCCAGUCGGUGGCACGAGGCAUUCCGCACCAAGAUGGGCGAAACCAGCAGGACGAGAUGACUUCGGCUAGAUUCCAGCUGGUGGAGCCGCAGCAGCGGCCGGGGGGGCCGUCGCCGCGACUGAUAACCGAAGCCGUGCUUGCAGCUACCGCGGAAGGGUUGACUUGUCUGCUCGGCGGCGCCGGCGCCGGCGGCCGCCGCCGCCACCGCGGGGAUCAUCACGGCGGGAACGGCGCCCGCGGUAACGGGGAGGAGGGGGUCGUCGCCGGCAGCAGCGGCGACUGCGGCGGCAGGGGCGGUGGUGGGGAGGAGGUGGCGACCGAGCUCUCGUCGUCGUUGGUUUCCAAGCAGACGUGGGCGGCCUGUGUCGCGGAAGCGGGGCGACGGCGUCUGCGGGUUGAUCGCCUCCUAGGGGGGGGUAAGAAUAGUACACGUAGUGGUAGUAGCGAGGGAGGGAUUGUUUGGGAGGCCGAGGACGGGCCGGGGCGGGUGAGGGUGGUUACCGCGGCGAUGGCGGAAGGAGGAGGAGGGGGACGACGGGAAGAGGAGGAGGAGGAGGAGGAGGAGGAGGAGCUGUAG